GUGAAAGGGUUAAUUUUGUCAUAAUUCUGUCAUCGUUCUUGUUGAGUUCCCACAUUUGGGACUUUGGUAAUUAGUAUUUUACACGUUUUAUUAACUGGCAAAUGGUACAAAUCAGCAAUGGGUGUAAAAGGACUCACGACUUAUAUAGCAAAGAACGCCAAAAAGAUUCUAAAACCCCAUGAGCUUCACGACUGUAAUCUUGUGAUUGAUGGAGAUAACCUAGCUUGCCAGCUAUUCCGGAAAACCUGUGAAACAACCAAUUGUGCCUUUGGUGGAGACUACGAUGUCUUCUACAUGCAGGUGUGCCGUUUCUUCGUUCUCCUCGAGAAAUGCAACGUUAAGUCGUAUGUUCUCCUAGACGGAGGUUACGAGGAAUACCGCCUUCGUACCGUUUACUCAAGACUGAGAUCCAAGAUUGCAGCUAUAAAACAUUUGGAUCCAACUCAUCCAGAUAACAUACACUUCCCACUUCUUAUUAGAGAAGUCUUUGUUCGAGCACUUCGAGACAAGGGUAUCGAAGUGAUGAGGUGUCUCUUUGAAGCAGAUGAAGAAGUUGCGAAUUUGGCCAGAAGACUCAACUGCCCUGUACUCAGCUAUGAUUCCGACUUCUACAUCUACAACGUACUCUACAUCCCAUUUGUCUCUCUCACAUUGAAAGUUUAUCGAAAGACCGUUAAAAGAGAUGGGAAUGAAGUCGUUAGAGUUGAAAGAUGUUCCUUGAAAGCGAAGAAAAGAAAUCGAAAAGCCAGAAUUCCUGUGAUGGAUAUGGACAGCAAAGAAGUGGAAGAUGAGUCAGAGGAGCAAUGCUAUUACUACCUAGAUUGCUGUCUGUAUCAAAUGGAAAAUUUACUGAAGCACACAAAACUUACAGAAGAGCUCCUGCCCUUCUUUGGAGCAAUUAUUGGAAAUGAUUUUACUGAACGAUCAAAAUUGCGAAAAUUUUACAAAGGAGUUCAUGUUAAGAAGAAAAAAGAAAAAUCAAAACUUCAGAGACAAAUUAAUGAAAUCAUUCGUUGGCUACAGCACGAGUCUCUGGAAUCAGCUCUAGAAAAGCUCCAGAUCCGCACAGAGAAGGAUAAUCGAGAAACAAUAGUGGAUCAUAUACAAAACGCAUCUGCUACAUAUACCUCCACUCAAGGAAUCUCAUCGAUAUAUUUUGGAUUUGAUGAGGAAAAGGAUAUUGAGUCUGAUGAUUCAGAAGAGGAGACUUCUGAAACUAAUGAAGAAAAUUACGAGGAAGACGAUGUGGAAGAAGAAGACGAUGUGGAAGAAGAAGAAGAUGUUGAAGAAGAGGAAGAUAUUGAAGACAACAAUGAUUUGGAGUUGGCAGAAAAUCCUUCGGGACAUUACAAAUUCCCAUCUUGGUUGAAAGAAAAAUUCCUCCGGGCUGAGCUUCCUCGAUAUUGCGUUGAUCUUGUUCAUUUGAAAAUAUACGUGAACAAUCCUCAAAUUGAGAACUUCAAAUUACCUGACGCCAAUGCUGUAGCAUUGGAAAUAUUAAUGCUAAUUUUUCGUAUUUUAAAUGCACCCGAAACGCCAACACUCAAUUAUAUAACGAGAACUGCUGGACAAUCUUCAUAUACAAACAAAUGCCUAUCUCUGGCAAAGAACGAGGCGGUCCCAUUUAACCCUAUCAAGCAAAAGAACGUCGAACUGUUUAGACAUCUCUUCCGAGAUUUUCCAAAUCAUGAAGAAAUAUUUGAUCUAUUGUCAGUUAUCGAUGAAGGCUACAAAGUCAGUUUCCUUGCCAUUAUCUACUGGACCAAAAAAUCUAAACUGUGGUCUUGGUUGCAUAUUCACAGCAUAAUUCUAGCAAUGCUCAUUCUGAGUAUUGUUGAUCGAAAAUGCGGAGAAAUACGAACUCAGGAGGAAUUUGAUCGAAAUUACGCCAAAACUCUUCCAGCAAUAAAACGUGAACUAUCCCAGAAAAUAGGGUCUGACACACAAGAGAACAAACCAAGUGAUUUUACAGUAAAGAACAGUCAUAGACUGCGGAAGAAAGUUAGCAAAAAUGAAUGUGUUCUUAUUCUAGAACGAAUUCUACCCUUUCUAUCGCGCAAUGUCCAUCACAAGAAAUCAUACACAGAAUUUUCCAGUACUGUUCUGCAUGCUUUCUCUGAAUAUCAAGCUAUUCUGUAUCACAUGAUAACCCUCAAUGCCAUCUCAAAUUUUCCAUUUGAAGAACCAAAUGUGGCUAAAACUUACAAAGGUUUUCUCCUAUUCAAUCUCUACAGUACACUCAAUAAGCGAGCUGAUUUUGAAUACUAUAUCAAAGAAAAUCUUCUGAAUGGUGCCAUUAAUUUUAAUUUAUACUAUGAAUAUCUUAUGACGUGGUUUAAGAACUUAAUUCCCGAUAAGAAUUUGAAUGACAAAUAAAGGACUAUUGUUACCAAAAAAAAA